AUGGAUGUCACAGUAACUCCAACGUACAUGGCACUACCUACUGGUUGUGGUGGAGUUGCACCUAGCCACGGCAGCAGCAGUAACAGCGGUCCCAAUACUAUAUCAUCUAAACGAGUGUCUAGAGCUCUUCGUAGCAAAACAGAGAGCCUCUGUUUCUCUCGUCGCGGUUGGGGCGGAGGGCCUCCUUGGUCACAGUGUGGGAUUGGUGAGGGUGCCUCCUUAAGUGCCCCCUCUCGAGCAGGCUACUCGGACGGAGGCCCCACAGCAGAUGGACUAUUGGCGUUGGGAGCGGCUCUGUGCUCUAGGCGACAGGGAUGCCACUUGGCUAUUCCCUGUUCUCCUGAGCCCCCCUUGUUGAAGGGAGCUGCACCGCAAGGGUCCCCAAGAGAUACCCCAGCCUUCUUAGGUACGAGUCCGCAAAAUAAUCGACCUAUUUCCUGGCUAAGGAAGGCCUUUCGUGCGGCUGUGCAUCGGCGCAAAACCAGGGCCCCCUUCGAAGAAGGCCGUCAAGAAGCACCAGGGGUCUCUGAGGCCCCUGAGGACCUACUUCCACGAGAAAGGUCCGUCAAGGGCGUUUCCCGGCAGCGGAGUAGCAACAGCACUGCCACCCCACCUCAGAGUAUUCCAUUAGCCGGCGCAAGAGGGAAUGAGACGCCUGUGUGUAAUAAGACACCUGGGAGCGUUGACUACACAGGGGCCCACAAAGACACCCUUGUGGGAGAAGGAAAAGGCCCCGAACCCAGGCAAUUUACGCCGGUGGCCCUGACUGCUUCCUCACGAGAAGGUAUUCAUACAAAAAAGGAGCCCUCAAAAAUACGGAAGGAAGGACGCAACUUACAAGAGGACCCAGAUGGGCUCCCAAGGCCAGCAUCAAGGGGAGAUUCAAAGGGGGAGACUUGUCCGAAGGGUCUCACAAGUGGUGCUGUGGAAGAUGAUUACAGCAGCGGGAUGGUUAAAGGGCUACUAGAAGGCUCCCCACUAGGUGGCAUGCACGCCUGUUGUCUGCUGGAGAAGCAGCAACAGCAGCAGAGGCCGUGCCAACCCUUCCUCCAGCCGGUAGACCCACUUGGGGGACCCUCAAUUGAGGAACAGAAGGCAUUUUUUGCUGCUUGUUCGUGGGCUCCCGAAGACUUUACUUUCAUCAGAACUGUUGGAACCGGCACUCUGGGUCGAGUCUUCAUAAGCCGUUUGAAGCCACGCCAAGUUUCUUCUUUAAGUUUAGGAGUCAUCUACAGAGAUUUAAAGCCAGAAAACAUUUUAAUAGGGAAUGACGGCCAUAUCAAAAUCGUAGACUUUGGAUUCUCCAAGCAAAUAGAAAAGCCGAGGCCAUUCAUCUUGGGGGCAGCUCAGGGAAGGUGCGAGGGCUCCCAGGGUCUCCCACAAUGGAGGCACUUGACUUCAUGGGGUACCCUCAGCUGUUGCCAUCCAGCAUGCGAGGCUGCAAGGCAUAAGUAUGGCGUCUUCUCAGCCCUGCAGAGGGGUUCCACCGACGCAGCGGAGACACUUGGAGGUGGAGGGCCUCCUUUGAAUGGCAUAGAAGCAGUUGAAACUCAGCACCGGCCAUCCUUGCAUGCGACAACACCCCUAAACUCCUUAGAUAUGUUUGCGACCUCCUCGUUUGGGGCAGACGGGCCCUUCGAAACUCCGAAGGCCACCGAUAAGGAAGGCUGCUUCACGGCAGCUAAUAAUACUACUGCCCCUUGUGAUGCUGCUUAUGGUGCAAAUGAUAUUGACACAAAACUUUUAGCCCAUCCUCCUGGAAAUGCUACUGCAUCUUGUUUUGAUAUUGCAGUAGCAACGAGCUUGCUGCCCUAUUGGUCUCUAAAGAAGGCCCAGUCAAUGGGCCUUCGUUCUUCCAGGCAAUUGAACGGGGGACCUCUUGUGGACUCUACCACGAGGGCCACCACUCCUUUGGGCUGGUUAGACUCGGGCUCAUUUGCAUCUCUCAACACAGCAGAGGCUGCCACUGUAGAGAGUUACCUGGCAUCGGUGACGCAACACACCCCAAACUCGGAGGGAACCUUCAUUGGCGUCCUGGGGGCCUCCCAAAAUAGCAGCUCUGAAGAGAGCCUCACACAUGGAAACACUGGAGCGCAUAUGCAUGGACCCACACCAAACGAGGCGGAGGGGUUUCAAAGGCUUGAAGGAACCCCAAUGGAUCCUUUGAAAGUGACCCCUAUUUCUACUUCUGCACCAGAAGAAAGCCACUGGGAGAGAGACACUCAGGAAUAUCCAUGUACUCCGGUUCGCUCAAAACUAGUCCACGCCGGGGACCCUCCAGCAUGGGGGUUAGGGGCUCCCCCACUGCAGCAGCCUAUUGUGGGACCGCCGCUUCCUCGUUGUCUCUCACUAGGAGAUUAUGGAGUGAUAGAUGGAGCCCAGUCCCAACACCACGCGCUGCAGCAGCAGCUGCAGCGAGAGCACAAACGGCUUUACAACGCAGCAAACAGUUGGCGCGGAAGUCCUUUGAAAGGAACUCCUGGAACUGAAUUGGGGCCGCUGCCCUCCAGUUUUCAUCAGAAUGACCGCUUCUCUGAAGGACUUGCAAAGAGUUCUCCAGAUCCUUCGGAGUCUUUUGGACCACUGUGGCUUUCUGGCGGUAAUACCGUCAGCCGGGGGCCUUUCCGUGGGGCUUCGGAUAAGGAGAGUUGCUUUGGCGAGGGGGCCCUUCAAAGAGAGAGCUGGGUGUCAAUCCUGCUGGAGGAACCAACCAAGGAUAAUGAAGAACAGGAUGAAGGACAUUCUUCAGGUACAAAGGUUUACAACGCAGGGGGAUUAGGAACCUAUGCCGACACACAGGGAUCUAAGGGAACUGUAGAAUGGGUGAGGGGGAACAGUAAGGGAGCACGUCUUCGAGUGUUGCGUGGUGCUGCAGGCUCUAAAGAGAAAACUGUUGACCAGUUGGAGCAGCUCAAAGUGUUAACCGGGAACACAGGAGAUAGCGCUGUCGCGAUUUACGAAAAUAUUGCACGGGCUCAAGCAGACGAAAGAGCCCAAGUUGCAGCAAAAGUAGUACCUCUCCUUAAGAGCACCCAGCUGGUGCUCUCUGUCGCUCUGUGCCUCUCUGCGUACCAGCAUGGCUGUAGUUCUGCCCCUCCAUGUAUCAACACGGCGCUGAUAAUUUUGGUGCCUCUUUCCGCUGCCUCCGCUGUCCAUGCCUCCUCAGCAGAUCAUUCGGAACCUCCUAAAUCUUCCUCACCAGCUCCAGCUGGUUUAGCGGCAGCAACUGCAGUCGCAGUUGCACAUGUCGUAGCAGGAUCCAAGCUAGCAGGGACAGCAGGUCAAGAGGCCAUAGUGGGAAGAACACAUUUCGAUAAACUUCCAACAGGUGACCCGGCUCCUACUGGAGUGCCUUUGCAGCCUUCAUUUCCUUUGGAGGCCACAUACGGUGGGGAGAUUGGAAACGUUCCCUGGCCAGAAGAGGAGAGAGAGCUCAAUAGGAGCUGUACCCUCUGUGGCACGAGCGAGUACAUGCCGCCGGAGACACUGCUAAGGAGAGGACAACAUUUCUGCAGCGAUGCCUGGGCUUUUGGGAUUCUUCUUUACGAGCUUGUCUUCUGGUGA